AUGCGUACGGAGCAGACGGUGGUGCACCGUAAGGUGCGGAGGAAUGUGGAGGUCGCGAGCCGUACGGUGAAACAGUUGACGAUCCGUACGGUGGAGGAUUGUUACCGGUGGAUCCAUACGGAGGAAGAGGAGGAGGGAAAAAGGGGUAUGUGGCCAAUUAUAGGCCCUUGGGCUAAAAAUGGAAUUUCAUGA